UCUUCUAGAAAUCAUAUUGGUCAUAGUUUCAAUAGCUGAUGCUAGUAGCUUGCAAGUUCGUUUUUAAAGCCGUUGCGAGCUAUUAACUAUAUGGAAUGUUGAAUCUGUGGUGUCAUGUUCUUUAAUUUAUACCCUAAAUUAACUAGCUAACAGGAAAACUUGUAUUCCUUUGCGUCACACUUCAUUUUAGGAAGCAAGGAGCUAGCUACUUGCUAACGAGCCACAACAAUUAAAUAACAUUAUUGGUAGCCAAUUCACUCUGCGUCACGUAGCUAACUGUUUAGCACCAAAACUCUUCUGGUGGGACAAAAAGGGAUGAACCAUAAAAGUAAGAAGCGAAUUAAAGAGGCCAAACGAAGUGCAAGACCCGAACUGAAGGAUUCGUUAGACUGGACGAAGCAUGACUACUACGAAAAUUUUGAUUUGUCACAUCGUACAGUAAAGGACAAUGUCGAGCGUGUGGACUCCCUGCAGCUUACCCCAGAGGAGUUUAUACAGCGCUUUGAGAAGCCCUAUAAGCCCGUGGUACUGCUCAAUUGCCAGAGCAGCUGGCCAGCCCGGGAGAAAUGGACCCUGGAGCGUUUGAAGCGCAAGUACCGCAACCAGAAAUUCAAGUGCGGAGAGGACAAUGAUGGGUACUCUGUGAAGAUGAAGAUGAAGUACUAUGUAGAAUACAUGGAGUCAACGCGGGAUGACAGCCCCCUGUAUAUAUUUGACAGUAGUUAUGGCGAGCAUGCCAAGCGCAGAAAACUGCUGGAGGACUACCAGGUGCCUGUCUUUUUCCGUGAUGACCUCUUUCAGUUUGCUGGGGAGAAGCGCAGACCUCCGUACAGGUGGUUUGUUAUGGGGCCUGGCCGCUCUGGCACUGGCAUACACAUCGACCCUCUGGGCACAAGUGCGUGGAAUGCCCUGGUACAAGGGCACAAGCGCUGGUGCCUUUUCCCCACGCACACUCCACGUGAGCUCAUCAAGGUCACACGGGACGAGGGAGGCAACCAGCAGGACGAGGCCAUCACCUGGUUCAGUGUGAUCUACCCCCGCACACAGCAGCCCACCUGGCCUGCCGAGUUCAGGCCCCUGGAGAUUCUCCAGAAACCUGGGGAGACGGUCUUCGUUCCAGGUGGCUGGUGGCAUGUGGUUCUCAACCUGGACACAACCAUUGCUGUGACUCAGAAUUUUGCCAGCACGACCAACUUUCCUAUUGUAUGGCACAAAACUGUCCGUGGUCGGCCAAAGCUCUCCAGGAAGUGGUACCGCAUCCUGAAGCAGGAGCGACCUGAGCUUGCUGCACUGGCUGAUGCAGUGGAUCUGCAGGAAUCAACUGGCAUUGCUUCUGAUAGUUCUAGUGAUUCUUCAUCUUCUUCCUCUUCUAGCUCCUCUGAUUCUGAUUCUGAGUGUGAGUCAGGCUCAGAGGGAGACACUAUGUCACAUCGCAGGAAGAAGAGAAGGACCUGCAGCAUGAUGGGAAAUGGUGACACCACCACUCAGGAUGACUGCGUGAGCAAAGAGCGCAGUUCCUCCCGAUGACACCCCAAAAGGGAGCGAACCCUCUGCACACACAGAGCUUUCUUUUCAAAGAAGACUCUUCCACCUUUCUCUUAUAAAGAGGCUUUUGUCCUGUUUGUGAUGAGCAGAGUCCAGGCACGACGUCUGGGCCUCUGCCACAAUUGUGCACCUCUGUGUAGAAAAAAUUGCUGUCCCCAAUCUUCUCUUUGAUAGUGUGCCCUUAAAAUACAUACUUGAUAGAGUGACAGUAGCACGCAGAGGAGCUGUUAGUGGCUUUUACAAAGCUUAUGUUUUCACGUGGCAUGUGUCACUCGAAGGCCAAAUUGGAAACGGAAGGUUGAAAAGGGUGCUCUUGCCUUGUUGCAGUCAGGGAAUGUAGUGGGAACGAGUCUAGCAAAGUCCACAGAGGGCUAGAGGAGCUCUUCUGCAGUGUCACGCUCUUGUGUUGUUGGGAGAUCUCUGGGAAAUGUGCUAAGGGACAGUGUUUUUUCAAACUGUGAUUAAGUUGAACAGUGGGAUUAUGGUUCUUGGACUGGAUAAUGUGGUGUUUGGGGUCUAUACGUGCUGCCUUAGUGUAUGGGAAAACUAAAAAGAAAUACUGAGUUAUAUCCAUCCUUGAAGAUUUAAAUGUGCUUUAAAUUUAAUUUAGAUAUGAAAAUGACAGUGUAGACAUUUUUGGUAAGCAAACAAUUGAAUCAAGGGCUGGUAGCUGGUUCAGAAUUGCCACAGAGAGAGAUUUUAGGCUGAUUAAGGGGAUGUUUGCAUGUACAUAAACUAUAAUAAUUGGUCAUUUGGAUUGGCUUAUUUAAUACCACCCACUGGCCUUUAGAAUAUUUGUAUGGUUAAAAUUUUGAGCUUUCAGAUGCUUGAAAAUAGAUGAGGUCAGACUGAAAAUAAUCACAAAUUCCAGAAGGAACUUAAAGCAUGGAUGGAAAUGUGAUGCCUCAAUACAAGUUAGGAAAUAUAAUAUGAAAUUAACUCAAGGUGUAUCACUAAGUGUUCUACAUUGCAGUUAAAUGUCAUCUAUUGAAGUCACUACAACAAAUAGUGAAUGUUGUUGACAGAUUGAGUUCAUGUUGAAAUACCUUGAGGAUUCCAGUGCAAUUGUCAAUUGAAAAAGAAAAUCUUAUGAGGUAAAUGAAUGAAAGCGGUUUAUAAAUUAUGAUAGACUAAAUUCCUGUUUUGAAUAAAUUAAUUUUUAUCAAGUGGUUCAGUUUUCCUGUAUUUUUGGAUUUGUGUCACUUCAAUGUAUCAAAAAAACUUCCUGUUUGUCUGAAAAGGCCCAGGGUGUGAAAGUAGGUUUUUCAAGUUGUGUGGAUAUUUUAAGAGGGGGAUUAUAGCCUAGAGAGAAACUGCAUAUAUUUCCAUAUUUUAAUGAAAUUAUAAAAACAAACAAUACGUUUUCAGAAUGGGAUUUUCUUAAUAAAAUUAAUCUUCAGUACUGUGAGACUUAGUGACUUCCCUGUCUAGGUUUUUUUUAUUGCAUAUAAGAUUUGUCUCUCUUGGCAACUUAAAUUGGGGUUCCACAUGAGGCAAAACUACACUCCUGACAAACAUUGUUGAAAAAUGAACAUUCUCUGCAUUAUGUCAUGUCACCAUGUUUUGUGAAAAAAUACAUUUACCUGUCUCACCAAUGCAGAAUCCAUAUUUCCAAAACAGUUCAUCAGUGAACCAAACUGGGUUUAUCAUGUUUUCUGCACCAAUGGUCCCUUUCCCCUUUUGGCUUUGUCUAAAUUGUUCCAAGUGAACAGAAAAAAAUAAUUUGUGCUGAAAGUGCUUGUUUUUGUAAUUUUGUUAGUCUGGGUGGUGUUGGAUGUUGUGUAUUUAAAAUGGUUAGCAAUAGUUCCAUGUUGAGUAAACAUAUAAUUGUACGUGCAGGUAAUGUCUGUCAACCUUUUCAUCAAAUAAGUGCCUGUUUCCUGUUGAAAAUUCUGCUUUAAAACAACCUUAGGUCAGAAGCCGUUUCUGCUUUGUUCACUUGCGGUUCUGACUAUUUAGUGAUGAUGACAUCAAUAUGCUCUUAACCAGACAUUGAAGAGUAUAAUAAUUUUGCUGCAUUUGGGGAUACGGUAGAGGGCUGACCUUUAAUCAAAAAUAAUGCCAGUUUUCCUUGGCAACAAUGGAAUUAACGGUUUAAUGAUAGGUAAAUAUGUUGGGCUUGACUUUUGUUUUUGGUGUAUCACAGCUCCACUUUGUUUAUCGGCAGUUGAAAACUAGAUGCAUCAAACUAGCAAGCCCGACCCUGCCCGAGAAUCUGUCACGUGGUGCCUUUGUUUAUGUCAGUCUGGAGGUGUGAAACGUAAUUGCUUAACGUGUGCAAAACACACCUGGGAAGUUAAUGUAAAAGGUCAAAAUAAAAUA